UGUUGCUAUUACUUUUGGUUUGGGUUUAGGCCCUUGAUACCUGGAAUCAGGAGGAAACAGUGGGCCACUAAACUAGAAUAAUAGCUUAUGGUCUUUAUAGCUCCUGGCCUUUAUUUAUUGGCCGAAAGUCAAUUAGCUAAUUAAACCAUCGUCAACAGACAGAAAAUCUGAGUCCUUGUGUUUCCGAAGGUUUCUACCAUGGCUGAUACCAUCAGAACCGACGUAGUGGACAACGUUCUGAACGCCAAACGCCGUGACACGAUUGGACGUUUCCUAACCAACCUCGGCAAAUUCGCGGUUGAUUCAGCCGCCAAUGUCUCCCUCAAAGGUUUCACUGGGGGAAAUAAACUGUACGAGAUUUUGCAGGAAAGAUUCAAAGCUCAGCCAACUCCACCCUUGUUAAACGCCAAAAGGAAAUCGGAACAUGACAAACUGAUGGAGAAGAUGCAAUUAGCAAAGAUGGAAGACAUGAAUGAGGUUAAGCAACAAAGUAAAACAGCAGACAAACCUGUUGCAGGAUCGGAGCCUAUGAAGAAGAAGAAGACAUCCCAAGACAUGAAGGACUUGGGUCUUCAGAAUCCUGACAGGAAAAGAAUUUUCAUUCGUUCUCGGCUGUAAAAUUAGGCUGUUGUGUUGUUCAGCUCAUGCUUCUCUGUUACAGAGACGCCAUUUCUGAAUCUUGGUUCUCUAGGACCGAUCCCCCUCUCUGUCUGAUUGACUGCAACCCUUCUCCUCAAUUGGUAAUUUGGGCUUUAAAAAUAGUUGUUCUGUAAAUUUGCAUCAGUGUUCUGCCAUUAAUAUACUGUUUCUUCAAGAUGAAA